ACAGCACGAGGGGGGCGGAGGGCUCCAGUCACGUGACUCAGUGACGUCGUUGCCGGAAGCAGCCUCGUUCUGGCCGUCAGGGCAACACCUAGAAAAAAACACAUCCCCGACGACGCGCCUCAAGCCCGUAAUAUGGGCGAAUUUUAACACUAAAACCCAACUCGAUCUGGCGCCUUACCCCUUAACACUACACGAGGAUUCCGUUGGGUUGUGAUUUAGCUCGUUUCAACGGUCGUUUGAGCCAUGUCUCGGGGCGCGCUGCAGCCGAGCCAGCAGAAGCUGGCGGAGAAACUGACGAUCCUCAACGACCGCGGCAUCGGGAUGCUCACGCGCAUCUACAACAUCAAGAAGCAAGGACAAGUUUGGAAGGCCUGUGGAGAUCCCAAGGCAAAGCCUUCUUACCUGAUUGACAAAAACCUGGAGUCAGCUGUGAAAUUCAUCGUCAGAAAGUUCCCGGCCAUCGAGACGCGCAACAACAACCAACAGCUUGCACAACUACAAAAAGAAAAGUCAGAAAUACUGAAGAAUUUAGCACUAUAUUACUUCACCUUUGUGGACGUUAUGGAAUUUAAGGACCACGUUUGUGAACUUCUAAACACUAUCGACGCUUGUCAAGUUUUCUUUGACAUUACUGUAAAUUUUGACCUCACAAAGAACUACCUGGAUUUGGUGGUGACGUACACUAACCUGAUGAUGCUGCUUUCUCGGAUUGAGGAGCGCAAAGCGAUAAUCGGCCUCUACAACUAUGCCCAUGAAAUGACACACGGUUCAAGUGAUCGAGAAUAUCCCAGGCUUGGACAGAUGAUUGUGGAUUAUGAGAACCCACUGAAAAAGAUGAUGGAGGAGUUUGUCCCUCAUGGAAAAUCGCUGCAAGAUGCAUUGGUCUCCCUGCAGAUGGUGUACCCACGCCGGAAUCUGUCUGCAGAUCAGUGGAGGAAUGCUCAGCUGCUCAGUUUGAUUAGUGCUCCCAGUACCAUGCUUAACCCAGCUCAGUCCGACACGAUGCCCUGUGAAUAUCUAUCCUUGGACACUAUGGAGAAAUGGAUUGUCUUCGGCUUCAUCUUGUGUCACGCGGCUCUGAACAGUGACCCUGCAGCUCUCAGUCUGUGGAAGUUAGCUCUCCAGAGCAGUUCCUGUCUCUGUCUGUUCAGGGACGAGGUGUUCCACAUUCACAAAUCUGCCGAGGAUCUCUUUGUAAACAUUCGCGGUUACAACAAGCGUGUAAAUGACAUCCGUGAAUGCAAAGAAUCUGCUUUGUCACAUGCGGGCUCCAUGCACAGAGAACGCCGCAAGUUUUUGAGAUCUGCCCUGAAAGAGCUCGCUACAGUGCUGGCGGACCAGCCAGGCUUACUGGGUCCCAAGGCUCUGUUUGUGUUCAUGGCUCUCUCCUUCGCCCGUGAUGAGAUCAUUUGGCUGCUCAGACACGCCGACAACAUCCAAAAGAAAAGCACAGAUGACUUCAUUGACAAGCACAUCGCAGAGCUGAUCUUUUACAUGGAGGAGUUGAGGGCACAUGUGCGGAAGUACGGCCCGGUGAUGCAGAGGUACUAUGUGCAGUACCUGUCUGGCUUUGAUGCCGUGGUGCUCAAUGAGCUAGUACAGAACCUGUCUGUCUGCCCAGAGGAUGAGUCCAUUAUUAUGUCGUCCUUCGUGAACACGAUGACCUCUCUCAGUGUUAAACAAGUUGAAGAUGGGGAAGUGUUUGAUUUCAGAGGGAUGAGGCUGGACUGGUUUAGACUGCAGGCUUACACCAGCGUGUCCAAGGCCUCGCUAGGACUGGCAGAUCACAGGGAGCUGGGAAAAAUGAUGAACACCAUCAUCUUCCACACCAAGAUGGUGGACUCUCUGGUGGAGAUGCUUGUGGAGACUUCUGACCUUUCCAUUUUCUGCUUUUACAGCCGCGCCUUUGAAAAGAUGUUCCAGCAGUGCCUCGAACUGCCAUCACAGUCUCGAUACUCCAUCUCUUUCCCUCUGCUCUGCACCCACUUUAUGAGCUGCACCCAUGAGCUCUGCCCUGAAGAGAGGCACCACAUCGGAGACCGCAGCUUGUCCCUUUGCAACAUGUUCCUGGACGAGAUGGCCAAGCAAGCCCGCAACCUCAUCACAGACAUAUGCACAGAGCAGUGCACCCUGAGCGACCAGCUACUGCCAAAACAUUGUGCCAAAACCAUCAGUCAGGCCGUGAACAAGAAGUCGAAAAAGCAGACGGGGAAGAAAGGUGAACCGGAGCGAGAGAAGCCUGGUGUUGAGAGCAUGAGGAAGAACAGACUCCUGGUCACCAAUCUGGACAAACUGCACACUGCUCUGUCAGAGCUCUGCUUCUCCAUCAACUACGUCCCCAACAUGAUGGUGUGGGAGCACACCUUCACCCCACGCGAGUACCUGACCUCCCACCUGGAGAUCCGCUUCACUAAGUCCAUAGUCGGGAUGACCAUGUACAACCAGGCCACACAGGAGAUCGCCAAACCAUCAGAGCUGCUCACCAGUGUGCGGGCCUACAUGACAGUGCUGCAGUCCAUCGAGAAUUAUGUGCAGAUUGACAUCACCAGAGUGUUCAACAACGUGCUGCUGCAGCAGACCCAACACCUCGACAGCCACGGAGAACCAACCAUCACCAGCCUCUACACCAACUGGUAUCUGGAGACUCUGCUGCGGCAGGUCAGCAACGGUCACAUCGCUUACUUUCCUGCCAUGAAGGCCUUCGUCAACUUGCCCACAGAGAAUGAGCUCACCUUUAAUGCGGAGGAGUAUUCUGACAUAUCUGAAAUGCGUUCCCUGUCUGAGCUGCUGGGUCCGUACGGGAUGAAGUUCCUCAGCGAGAGCCUCAUGUGGCACAUCUCCUCCCAGGUGGCUGAACUCAAGAAACUUGUGGUGGACAAUGUGGAGGUGCUGACCCAGAUGAGGACCAGCUUCGACAAGCCGGACCAUAUGGCAGCACUCUUUAAGCGGCUCACAUCAGUUGACAGCGUGCUGAAACGGAUGACCAUCAUCGGCGUGAUUUUGUCGUUCCGUUCUCUGGCUCAGGAAGCCCUCAGAGAUGUGCUGUCCUGCCACAUUCCCUUCCUGGUGAGCUCCGUGGAAGACUUCAAAGACCACAUUCCUCGUGAAACUGACAUGAAGGUCGCCAUGAACGUGUACGAGCUGUCUUCUGCGGCAGGCCUGCCCUGUGAGAUCGACCCUGCUCUGGUAGUGGCUCUGUCUUCCCAGAAGUCUGAAAAUAUUAGCCCGGAGGAGGAGUACAAGAUCGCCUGCCUGUUGAUGGUCUUCGUGGCCGUUUCCAUGCCGACCCUAGCCAGCAACGUGAUGUCACAGUACAGUCCCGCAAUAGAAGGUCACUGCAACAACAUUCACUGUCUGGCUAAAGCGAUAAACCAGAUUGCCGCUGCUCUGUUCACUAUCCACAAGGGCAGUAUAGAGGAUCGCCUCAAAGAGUUCCUCGCCCUCGCCUCCUCCAGCCUGCUGAAGAUUGGACAGGAGACAGAUAAAACCACUACACGGAACAGGGAGUCUGUUUACCUGCUCCUGGACAUGAUUGUUCAAGAAUCACCAUUCCUCACCAUGGACCUCUUGGAAUCCUGCUUCCCGUAUGUCCUGCUCCGGAACGCCUACCACGCCGUCUACAAGCAGUCUGUGUCUUCCUCGUAAGAGUUCCCGUGCGUAGAGCACUCGAGGGGGGCGGAUACUUCAGCCCUCAUUCCAUAUUCCUCUGUAGGAUUCUCCAAUGUUAUAGUCUUACCAGUUCAAGACUUUUAAUGGGAUCAAAACUUUUAUGACACUGAAUAAAGAGGGGGGAAAAAAUGAUUUGUUUAUUGACCACUUACAAUAAUCGAGUUUGAUCCCAGGGACUAGUGACACUAAGUAUCAUUUUGACCAUUUUUUUUGGUUUGUGUUUUAAUUUGCAAUGGUUAAACAUGGAAACAAACACAUUGAAUAGUUAAUUGUGUGUGUUGGGAUGUGGGGGGAGGGCAAGGGUGAAUUAUUAAAAACUCUACAUCAUGCUAAAUGCUUGUUACGAUAACAGAUGCCUCUAUGAAACAGUGAUUCUUUUGAUGUUGUUCUAGAUCUAAUCUGUGUGGGUUACUGCGUGCUUUUUUCUCUCUCUUUCUCUCUCCCUCCCUGUGAGUUUACAUUUAUUUUCAUUACACUUUGUGUUCCUUUGACAUACUUGCCAAAUUAAUAGAUAUAACAGCAUCUCAUUUGGAUUGAAAUGGCGGAAUUGUGCAUAACUACAUGUUAUUAAAGCAACCUAGUGUUGUUUGUACAAAGCAUAGUAUAAUUUUUUAACUAACUUUCAUGAUGCCUUGUGGCGUUGACACUCCAUUGUACCUGUCUGUGAGCUACAAUAAACAUUCUUACGUAUUUAUUGAAUGUUUAUCGGUUGUUUUCCCCCUCCUCUCCCUUAACCGGUUUUAUAUGUUUUGGAUUUUUUUGGAAAUGACAAUGUAUCUUCCAUAACAUGAAUAAACAUCAGGUCAAAUGCA